AUUAUGGAGGCGUGGCUUACGUCCGGCGCCUCGCCAUUUUCCUGGCUAGCUUACUGCACAAACAUCUUCGUAGUGUUUCUCGUUGUUUGCAAGGAACCAAAUAACGAGUCACCAUAGUUAGUUAAAUUCUAACCAGUACCCGGCGACAUGGACGAGGAAUAUUAUAGUGGCGGCGGGGAUUGGGAAGGUCCGGACGCUAACACGGAGGAUUCAUAUAUUGAUGUGGAAAAUUUGGGAAAAAUCCAAGAGGAUUGUCUGAAGAAAUUUUCCAGCAAGGAUUACAUCAUGGAGCCUGCCAUUUUCAACACCCUUAAAAUGUAUUUCCAGGCAGGUGGUUCUCCAGAACACGUCAUCCAACUUCUGUCAGAAAACUACUCUGCAGUGGCUCAGACCGUCAACCUGCUGGCGGAGUGGCUCAUCCAGAUGGGUGUUGAGCCUGCACAAGUACAGGAACGAGUUGAGAAUCACCUUAAAAGUCUGCUGAUAAAGCACUUUGAUCCCCAAAAAGCAGAUUCCAUUUUCACCGUGGAGGGCGAGACACCCGCUUGGCUGGAGCAGAUGAUCGCUCACACGACUUGGCGAGACCUCUUCUACAAGCUGGCUGAGGCUCAUCCCGACUGUCUGAUGCUCAACUUCACCGUGAAGCUGAUUUCAGACGCAGGCUACCAGGGCGAAAUCACCAGUGUGUCGACGGCGUGCCAGCAGCUGGAGGUUUUCUCUCGGGUGUUGAGGACAUCCUUAGCUACGUUGCUGGAUGGAGGAGAGGAGAACCUGGAGAAGAACCUGCCAGAAUUUGCUAAAAUGGUGUGCCACGGUGAGCACACAUACCUCUUCGCUCAGGCUAUGAUGUCCAUCCUGGCCCAGGAAGAGCAAGGCGGCUCGGCUGUACGCCGGAUUGGUCAGGAGGUGCAGAAGUCGGCCCACAAGAGGGGCCACGAUGCCAGUCAGAUAACGCUGGCACUGGGCACGGCAGCGGCCUACCCUCGUGCCUGCCAGGCGCUGGGGGCCAUGUUGUCCAAAGGAGCCCUGAAUCCCGCUGAUAUCACUGUGCUCUUUAAGAUGUUCAGCAGCAUGGACCCACCUCCUGUGGAGCUGAUCAGAGUGCCAGCUUUUCUGGACCUCUUCAUGCAGUCGCUGUUCAAGCCUGGCUCAAAGAUUAAUCAAGAUCAUAAGCACAAAUAUAUUCACAUCCUGGCCUACGCCGCCAGCGUGGUCGAGACGUGGAAAAAGAACAAGCGAGUGAACAUCAACAAGGAUGAGCUCAAAUCAUCCUCGAAGGCCAUCGAGACGGUGCAUAACCUUUGCUGCAACGAAAACAAAGGCGCCACAGAGUUGGUGGCUGAGCUCGGUACGCUGUACCAGUGCAUACGGUUCCCAGUGGUUGCCAUGGGGGUUCUGAAGUGGGUGGACUGGACCGUUUCGGAGCCUCGCUACUUUCAGCUGCAGACCGAUCACACACCGGUCCAUUUGGCUCUGCUGGAUGAGAUUUGCACGUGUCAUCAGCUGCUGCACCCUCAGGUUCUUCAGCUGCUCAUCAAGCUCUUUGAGACCGAACACUCGCAGCUCGACGUAAUGGAACAGUUGGAGCUCAAGAAGACGCUCCUGGACCGGAUGGUGCAUCUGCUGAGUCGUGGUUAUGUCCUGCCUGUGGUUGGCUACAUUCGCAAGUGUCUGGAAAAGCUCAACACUGACAUCUCCCUCAUUCGCUAUUUUGUCACAGAGGUCCUAGACGUGAUCGCACCUCCAUACACGUCUGACUUUGUUCAGCUCUUCCUGCCCAUCUUGGAGAACGAUAGCAUCGCAGGAACAAUCCGCACGGAAGGCGAACACGACCCAGUUGCAGAAUUCAUCGCUCAUUGCAAGUCAAAUUUCAUCAUGAUUAAUUGAGGACAUUUGAUAUCAUAAAGAGCUGAAAGACAUCUUUUGGAUUGACCGGUCUGAUGACGCAACUUGGGACUUGUGGCCUAGGAGAUAAACUGCGAGCUACUUGAGAUGCAGCUUCAGGACAGCUUUGUCUCCGCACAGUGAGAAGGCCACAGAGCAUCUCCUAAAGACUGACAUUGUCAGCACAAUCAUUGUGUGAAAUAACUUAUGUGCAACCUUUUGUACUAUGAAGGCACGCUUUAAUCACUUCAGCGGAACUCAGAGCAGAGCAACAUGACAGUGGUUCACCAUUCAUUUUAAGAUAUGUUGCUUAUUUUUAUUUUAAGAUAAAAACAAGUCUUUUGUGAUUUUCAA